ACUGGGGAGCCCAGCACAGGGCGCAGUGCUCCAGAUGUAGACUCCUCGGGAAGAGCAGAGCAGAGGAGCACUUCCCUCACCUGCUGACCUCUCUGCAAUGUGCCCCAGGUCCCACUGGCCUUCUUGGCCACUGGGGCACCCUGCUGGCUCAUGGUCAACCAUUGGACAACCAUUGGUCAACCAGGACACCACUGGCCUUCUUGGCCAGGAGGGCACAUGGAUGGCUCAUGGUCAAACACUGGCCAACUGUUGGUCAACCAGGACACCACCAGCCUUCUUGGCCGUGAGGGCACACUGCACUGGGAUGCCCUGGGGCUGCAAGGGGCUGUGGGCAGCACCAGCUCCUGGGCUCUGUUGGCAAAAGCUGAGCCCGUGGCGUUGCUUGGGGGAUUUGUUUUCAUUUGGACUCGGCUCGGCCGAGCUGUGGCAGCUGGGGCUGUGGAUUUCUCGCUAGGCCGGUGCUUCAAUUUGCAUACGCAGCAGCCACAGGAAGGAAGAUCGAGCAAGGCCCACGGCAGGAAGGGGCGAGGAGAGCGGUGAGAACGACGAGAGCAGCGGGGCUGGCACGGCGCUGCACGGGGUGGCCACCUCCCCAGGCACUGCUCCCGGAGGGGCUGAGGCCCAGCUUCCAUUUUGUGCCUUGUGCUCCAACAUCCGGGCAACAAGAAGGUGAAGAUCUGGAGCCAUGGAAGGACCUGGGGGAUGCUCCCACCCGCACUAGGAUGUCCUCCCGCCCGUCCUGCCUGCAUGGGGACCUGGGGAAGCUGUCACAGUGCCAAGGAGGAUGGAUAAAGGCUGAGCGUGGAAGCAGGAGCCUGGGCUGACGUGCCGCCUGCCGGGGUUGCUGGGCGGUCCAUGGGACGGUGGUGGGUGCAGGCUGACGGCCACACUGCUGUGAACACGGUGCUCCUCGCCCCGGGACCGCCGAUGCCACGGGACGCCUCUGAUGGAAGAGGCUUGGGUCAGUCGCUACCGGAGGCAGCUGAUGAGGUCCAUCUCCCCACAGUUCCUGGAGGAGAUCAUUGGCUACCUGCAGAGGCUGGACCUCCUCACGGCGGAGGAGGCUGGCCGGGCGCAGGAGGCGAGCUCCCUGCCCGAGCAGAACCAAUGGUGCAGAAACAUCUGGAGAGCCUCCAAAGCUCCUAUGGGAACAGCUUGGAGAUAGGUUCCCUCCAGCGCCUCACGAACCUGCUGCUGGUGGAGGGCUUGACUGACAUCCAGCAGAAGGAGCAUGACAUCCUGCAGAUGGAGACCACCAAAGGCCUACGAAAUGUAUCCAAGAGCAUCCCUUUAGAGAAGCUCUUCUUGCCUCUGUCCAAGGUCAGCAUCCCCCCGCGGAUCUCUGUGACCAUGGGAGUGGCUGGGAUCGGCAAAAGCACGCUGGUGAAGCUGUUCGUUGGCCGCUGGAUAAAGGGGUUGAUCAACAAGGACAUCAUGUUCGUGCUACCCCUCACCUUCCGGGAGCUCAACACCUAUGAGAAGCUCUCUGCCGAGAGGCUCAUCCGCUCGUCAUUCCCCCACAUCACCGAGCCCAGCUGCAUCUCCACGGGAGCCGCCAGGACGCUGCUCAUCCUUGACGGCUUGGAUGAGUUUAAGACCCCUUUGGAUUUUUCCAACACGGUUGCGUGCACCGAUCCCAAAAAGGAGAUUCAAGUGGACAACCUGAUCACCAACAUCAUACGAGGCAACCUGCUGCAGGAGGCCUCGGUCUGGGUCACUUCGCGGCCAACGGCGGCCAGCCAGAUCCCCGGCGGGCUCGUUGACCGCAUGACGGAAAUACGCGGCUUCAGAGCUGCAGAGAUGAAAGAUUUCUUGGACCAGAUGUUCCUUGACAACAGAGACUUAUCCAGCCAGGUUCUGCAUCACAUCAAAGCUAACAGAUCUUUGCACAUCAUGUGCACGGUUCCUGGAUUUUGCAGGAUUUACGGCUCUUCAAUUGGUUAUUACCUGAAAAAUAGCACCGGUCAAACCCAAGAAAUGGCAGCUGUUCCUAAGACCUUAUCAGAAAUCUAUUCCUGUUAUUUUAAAAUGGCUUUGAGCAGUGACUGGCCAGAAAGGCAGAGAGAAACCCUCAGGAUCGAGCAAGCCGUGAACAACAGCAAGAAAGUGAUGGGCAGCUUGGGCAGGCUGGCCUUCUACGGGCUGCUCAAACGGAAGCACGUGUUCUACGAGCAGGACAUGAAGACGUACGGCAUAGACCUCUCCUUGCUGCAGAGCAGCUUGUGCAGCAGACUCUUAGUCAAAGAGGACAUGCAGUCCUCCACGGCCUAUUAUUUCUCCCACUUGACCAUACAGGAGUUUUUAGCAGCUAUUUAUUAUUACACCGCUGCCAAGCGGGCAAUAUUCGAUCUCUUCACGGAGAGCGGGAUGUCCUGGCCCAAGCUGGGCUUCCUCAACCACUUCAAGAGCGCUGUCCAGAGGUCGCUGCAGGCCGAGGACGGGCAGCUCGAUAUCUUUGUGCGGUUCCUUUCCGGGCUGCUCUCCCCGCAGGUGAACCAGCUUCUCUCCGGCUGGCUCCUGGUGAAGGAUGAGCACAACAGCUUCAGGAGCCAAGCCAUCAGCUUCCUGCAGGGCUGCCUGAACACAAACUACGUGAUCUCCUCGCAGACGGUGAACACCGUGCACUGCCUGCAUGAGAUUCAGCACACGGAGAUCGCUAAGGCUGUGGAGGAAGCGAUGAAGAACGAGAGCCUGGCCGGGAUGCUCACGCCAGUGAACUGCUCUGCCCUGGCGUACCUCCUGCAGGUCUCUGACGUGUGCGUGGAGGAGACCAACCUCUCCAACUGCCUCACUUACAACAUCUGCAAGAGCCUGCUCCCCCAGCUCCUCUUCUGCCGCAGCCUCAGGCUGGACAAUAACCAGUUUAAGGACAACGUGAUGGAGCUGCUGGGCAGCGUGCUGAGUGUGAAGGACUGCCAGAUCCAGAGGCUCAGCUUGGCAGAAAAUCAGAUCAGCAAUAAAGGUGCCAAAGCACUGGCCAGGUCGCUGAUGGUGAACAGGAGCUUAAUGGCGCUGGACCUGCGAAGCAACUCCAUCGGCCCAUCAGGAGCGAGAGCACUGGCUGAUGCACUGAAAAAAAACCAAGUCCUGCUCUCCCUCAACCUGCAGCACAACGUGAUCAAGGAGGAGGGUGCCACGGCCCUGGCUGAGGCCCUGCUAACCAACCGCAGGCUGAUAACCCUGCACUUGCAGAAAAACUCCAUUGGUGCCCAUGGUGCAAGGAAGUUAGCGGAGGCGCUGGUGCAGAACUGCAGCCUCAAGGAACUGAUGCUCUCCAGCAACUCCAUUGGAGACAACGGCUCGGUUGCCUUGGCUGAAGCCCUGAAAGUCAAUCACAGUCUGCAAAACCUUGAUCUGCAGAGCAAUUCCAUCAGCAACGCCGGGGUCAGUGCGCUGACAGCAGCUCUCUGCUCCAACAAGGGACUCACUGACCUCAACUUGAGGGAGAACUCCAUCAGCAAGGAGGGCGGCCCCGCCAUCGCCCGCGCCCUGCGCACCAACGGCACCCUCAGGAAGCUGGACUUAGCAGCCAACCUGCUGCACGAUGAAGGCGGCAAGGCCAUCGCUUUGGCCAUGAAGGAGAACCAGGCACUCACGUCCCUCCACCUGCAGUGGAACUUCAUUCAGAUGCAAGCUGCCACGGCCCUGGCACAAGCACUGCAGUCCAAUGGCAGCCUGGCCAGCCUCGACUUGCAGGAGAACGCCAUCGGGGACGAGGGAAUGGCGGCCCUGGCUGCUGCGCUGAAGGUCAACACCACGCUGGCAGAUCUCCAUCUCCAGGUGGCUUCCAUCGGCGCGGCCGGUGCCCAAGCCCUCGCGGAGGCCUUGAUGGUCAACAACAGCCUGCAGGUCCUGGACUUGAGGGGAAACUCCAUCGGCGUGGCAGGGGCCAAGGCGAUGGCCAAUGCGUUGAAGGUGAACCGCAGCCUCCGCUGGCUCAACCUGCAGGAGAACUCCCUGGGCAUGGACGGGGCCAUCUGCAUCGCCACCGCGCUGAGGGGCAACCACGGCCUCACCUACGUCAACCUGCAGGGGAACCGCAUCGGCCAGUCGGGAGCCAAGAUGAUCUCCGAUGCCAUCCGGACCAACUCGCCCGACUGCGUGGUGGUGGUGUGAGGGCACGCGGCUGUGCGAGGAGGUGGCCUGGGGGGACAGAGGGCAAUCCCUUUGGCCUGCUGCCCACCCGUCAAGGGGGAGCUGGGGCAGGGAGAGCCCCACAGCUCUCGGCAUGGCCUCACAGCUGCUGCUGGGUCCCAGGGCUCUAAAUCAGCAGCACAUGAGGGUUAGAAGCUGGGGAAUGCACCGUGUACCUGUUCGCUCAGACGCUGGGGGAGCUUCAAGGCUGCAUAAAUGGAUGAAAUGGAAAUGGGAGGGAGGAGGGGACAGAUCCCACACAUCAGGUCCUUCUCAUGCACAUGGUGACUUAACUCUACCGUGGGGCCAGCAGCUCUGCCCUGCUGCAGUGCUGUGCCCAGAGCCUGUCCUGCACCAGGCACGUCCUGGCUGCAUAGGAGCUCUGCUCUCAACCCACCUAAAGAUGCUCUAGGCAAAUGCUGCAGCACCCCAGCCUGGCCCCAGUACACUGCUUCCAGUGCCAGCCCUUCUCUGUCUAGGUCUGCUAGGGAUGCCCUAGGAGCACUGGGUGAAACAGCAGCCCCUUGUCAGCCAGCUGCACACAGCCCAGUCCUGCAGGAUGGUGCUGAAAUCCUGCUGAGAUGAGAAGGCUGCUGUUCUCUUGUGCUCAGAGCAGUGGUGCUUUGGACCUGGACACUGGAGAGCAGGGGCUGCUCCUUGUGCAGCUGUGUGGUUUGCCAUGCCCACAACAACAGGUUGGCUUUGGCUGAGCAAACACAGUACCUGGUUGGUUGGUAGUGCUGCCCUCCAUCACAUCCUCUCGGAGGAGACAGGGAUCCCAAGGCACAGGAGCGCAGUCACUGAGAAAGGCCCUUGGGAAAGAAAGAGCCCUUGGGAGAAAGGAAGGAGGAGCAGGAGGAACAGCACUGCAUGAGGAUGGGCCAUCUCCAGCACACACACCCUGGUGCAGGAGCGCCUCAGGACAAAGUGCUGCCCCUCGAGCUGAGGACCUCUGGGUUCCCUGCUGCUGCCAUUGGGUCACCUUCUGGGCAGGCGGCUGCUGAAGGCAGAGGUGCCAGGUGAUGCCUCUGUGUGUGUGGCAGACGUGGUGGCUCUCCAGAAGGUGCCAGGUUUGCAGCUGGAGCAGCAGCCAGUCUGUGCAACCCCCCUCAGCCCCCACGGCCAGCAGCUCCCCUCCCUUCGCCUCCCAGAGCCGCACUUGGACACGCUCCUGCAGGUCAGGGCAGUGAGCAGCUGCUCUGAGCACCUCUGUGGGCUGCUCCUGGGGGAAUGCUGGGGUGAGCUGUGCCACAUGUACAUUCUUGGAAAUAAAGGAGUUCCUAGCUGAAAAGA